AUGGCGGACAGAAAGUUCCAUGAUACGGACGUGCUGCCUCCUCUGGCGGUUGGUGAUAUCGCACCAAUCGAGACCGGAGAUAUGCAGCUUCUUGGGUGGCUUGCUGCGAGUGUGUUUAUUUUCAUUGUUGCGCUGGCUAUGGCCGACCUGGCAUCCGCAAUGCCCACAGCUGGUGGUCUCUAUUUCUGGACCCACUACUUCACUCGUGAUGGUACAUGGACGGCCUCUCGCCCCGUCUUAUAUGGUACAUACGUUGCCUGCGUCGUCAUCCAUGGAUUGAUAGCUACAUUCUUCGCGCGCAUCAUGCCUAACAUCCAAUCAGCCUGUAUUGUCAGCAACGUUGGCCUCGUAGUGGCCACGGUCCUUGCACUGCCGAUCGGAAAGUUCGUCAAUGGUGGGAGGAUCAAUUCGGCUGCCUAUGUCUUCGGCCAUUUAGAGAACCUUACGUAUUGGCCUCAGGGCUGGACAUUCAUAAUGGCCUGGCUUUCACCCAUCUGGACGAUCGGUGCAUUUGACUCGUGUGUCCAUAUGAGCGAGGAGGCUACACAUGCAGCGCGCGCAGUGCCGUUGGGAAUCAUAUGGUCUGCCGCACUUUGCGGGGUUCUGGGAUUUGUCUCCCUUGCAGUCAUAGCAGCCGUGAUUGAUGUAAACCUGGAAGCUUCGCUGAAGACGAGUUUCGGCCAGCCCAUGGCGCAGAUAUACUACGACUGUCUCGGUAAAUCAGGGGCCAUUGGCUUCAUGGUCGUCGUAGCAAUGGUACAAUUUUUUAUGGGAUUAAGCCUGGUCAUCGCAGCCUCUCGCCAAAGCUGGGCUUUCUCUCGCGACGGGGCGCUCCCUUUCUCCUGGUUCUUCCGUCAUGUCAGCAAGAGAAUUCGUUUCCAGCCCGUGCGCAUGGUCUGGGGUGUUGUGAUCGCCGCGAUCAUCGUCGGACUGCUGUCCCUGAUUAACAACGCCGCCGCCAGUGCGUUGUUUUCCCUCGCCGUCGCCGGCAACGAUCUGGCCUGGAUGAUGCCCAUUCUAUGUCGAUUGGUCUGGGGUCAGGAACGCUUCCAUCCUGGCGAGUUCUACACGGGACGAUUCAGUCGUCCUGUUGCCGUCAUUGCCAUCAUUUAUCUGAUUUUUGCUAUUACUCUGAGCAUGUUCCCAACCACGGGACCCAAUCCGACCGGAUGCGCCAAACCGGAAGCAAGCUGA